AUGAGCAUUCACGCCGGUGCUCUGGUGACCUCCAGGUGGCUCGCCGAGGCCACCAGGCUGCUACCAAACAAACUUCGCAUCCUGGACGCGUCCUGGUACUUGCCUAAAGUGCGGCGUAGCGCCAAGAGCGAGUUCCGCGGCAGACACAUCCCUGGUGCCGCCUUCUUCGACCUGAACGAGUGCUGCGACCGGAGCUCCCCCCUGGAGCACAUGCUGCCCUCCGAGCGCACCUUCGCCGACUAUGCGGGCGCGCUGGGCGUUGACGCUGACACGCACGUAGUGGUGUACGACGCCAGCGACUUUGGCUUCUUCUCAGCGCCGCGGGCCUGGUGGAUGUUCCGGGUAUUCGGCCACGGCCGGGUGUCGGUAUUGGACGGCGGGCUGUGUGCGUGGCAGAGGGAGGGCCGACCAGUGAGCGACCAGCAGACGGUCAGACGCGAAGCAAGCGAGUUUAAGGCCUCCCUCAACCGCAGCUGGGUGAAGAGCUACCAGGACAUGGUGGACAAUCUGGACACCAAGAACUUCCAGGUGGUCGACGCCAGGCCAGCGGGCAGGUUCAGAGGACUGGACCCCGAACCCAGAGACAACACCGAACCGGGCCACAUUCCCAACUCCAUCAGCCUGCCCUUCCAUUCCUUCCUGUCUCCAUUGGGCCACUUCCUGCCCGAGAAGCGGCUUCAGGCUCUGUUUUCCGAUGCCGGCGUGGACCUCGGCCGCCCCGUGUGCGCGUCGUGCGGCUCGGCCGUGACGGCGUGCCACGUGGCCCUGGCGGCGCACCAGUGCGGGCACCCGGGCGUUUCAGUGUAUGACGGCGGUUGGUCCGAGUGGUACGCGCGAGCCGCGCCCCAAGAUGUCAUCUCGGAGGGCCGAGGGAAGCACCUGUGA